AAGAAUGUUGGGACGACUCACCAAAACCUUUGUUGGCACUCUUCUGUCUCUUUAUACAAGGAUAGCAGCCUCACCAUGCAAUGCACGAGUUCGUAUGGAAAUAGGAAAAAACAGAGAAUGGUCUUCGAGAAGAUGUGGUAGAAAUAAUACCAAUAAGUCUAAUUGAAUGGUGCUUAUUAUAUAAUUUGGUCCAGCACUCCACCUUCCACUCUAAGCUCUUUGCGUUUAUAUGUUUCUGUCCUCAGCCGAACCUCAUCAUAGAAAUACAAAGCUCAAAGCUAUAUAUAUGUAGAGAGAGAGAGACAGACAGAAAGUGUAUUUAACGUAGAAUUUUGUGGUAUCAAUUUCUCUACAAAAAUGUCCAAGAAUACAAAUUCAAUAUUGCCAGAUGUGUCUUGGAAAGAGCGAUUCUACAGGUUCAUGAUUGGCUUCGGGGUCAAAUUCUCUCGCCGCUGCGAUGGCACCAUCAACCGUCGCAUCAUGAACUUCUUCGACUUCAAAGCUCCUCCUUCCAAACAACCCCUCGAUGGUGUCAAAAGCUUCGAUACCAUGGUUGAUCCCACCCGUAACCUCUGGUUCCGCCUUUACAUCCCCUCCACCUCCACCACCAAUGUGCCAGUUAUUGUUUACUUUCAUGGUGGAGGCUUUGCAUACAUGUCUGCAGGUUCAGUAGGCUGUGAUAACCUUUGUCGAAGGCUUUCUAAGCAAACUGGAGCAGUGAUUAUAUCUGUCAACUACCGGUUGUCCCCAGAGUAUAGAUAUCCCUGUCAAUAUGAAGAUGGCUUUGAUGUCUUAAAGUUCAUCGAUAUUAACAACACCAACUUGGAAGGUUUUCCGUUGUAUGCCAAUUUAAACCAGUGUUUCAUCGCUGGGGACAGUGCCGGGGGCAACCUGGCGCAUCAUGUGACUGUCAAAGCCUGUGAGUAUGAGUUAAGAAACAUGAAGGUCAUAGGACUAAUAGCAAUACAGCCUUUCUUUGGCGGAGAAGAAAGAACAGAAUCCGAAAUCAGACUUGUUGAUGGCCCCGUCCUUUCAGUGAAGGGUACAGAUUGGCUGUGGAAUGCAUUUUUGCCUCAAGGGUCAGACCGAGACCAUCCAGCCUCAAAUAUCUUUGGGCCAAAAUCAGUUGAUAUUUCCAGGUUGAAGUUUCCGGCAACAAUUGUGUUUGUUGGAGGGCUUGAUCCAUUACACGACUGGCAAAUUAGGUACUAUGAGGGGUUGAAGAAGUGUGAGAAAGAGGCAUAUUUGAUUGAGUAUCCAAAUGCUAUCCACUCUUUCUAUGGUGUUCCAGGAUUGCCAGAGACUGGUUUGUUCAUGGGGAAUGUGAAAGAUUUCAUACAAAAGCAAUCUGCAAACAAGUGAGGUACCAUUACAACGAAUAGGACAAAUUCGGCCUCUCACCCUCCAUAGAAUUAGCUUUUCGUUCAUUUCUUUUCAAUACAUCCACAUCAUCAUGAGCAAUAAAGGGCAACCAAACUCGAAAAUGUAUCAUGUUCUUUGUUCUUUUAUCUUAUGUGCAAUUCAAAAAACUAAACAGAUACAUUAUAAUAAAUUCGAGAAAAUAAAUUAAAUUAUUGAUGUGAAUGUUAUAUUUAUCAUAAGGUGUAGAACUUUCAUCAUUGAGCUUUCUCUUAUUUAUAAAUAUAAUGUUAUAUUUAUCAAAAGGAAUCAUCUUUAAUAGAUGGUAGCUUCCAUUCAGUAUAAAUAAGAGAUGAUAAGUUAUCAUAAUAUAUGUGCGCCCUCAGCUCUUACCAUGCACCACCAAGUUGAAACAGAUGACUCUGUGAGCUUUAUCCUUGAUGACCAAUUCUUAUUACUAGUAAUACCAAGAGUUUAACCUGAUAAUAUACGGCUUUCAUAUAAGAAGCCUUGUUAGACGGUCACUAGGGGAAAGUAUCGGUCGGUUCGGUCGGUUUUUGGUCAAUUUGAGGAAAACCGACUAAAAAUUUUUGAGAUAUAACCGACCGAACUGCCAUAUUAUAAAGUCGGUUUCGGUCGGUUUUUUUGAAUGUCGGUUUCGGUCGGUUUCGGUCGGUUUUUGGUGAUAAAAUUAAUGGGUUGACUUAAGUUGACUUGGACUAAAAUGGGUUAAAUUGGGCUAUAAUUUAUGAGCUAAAAUGGGUUAAAUUAGAUUAUAAUUUAUGGGCUAAAAUAGGUUAAAUUGGACUAUGAUUUAAGAUAUUAUUAAUUAUUUUAAUUGACAAUCUACAUAAUAAUCACAAAAUAACUAACAAUAAAAUAAAAAUUUUCAAUUUUAC